CGAAAACUAAAAAACUCUUUUACGUUCAAAGUGGAUCUGCCAUUAAUCAAAGAGUAUUUGCAUUUGCCUCGAUUUCAUCAGCAGCAUUUCUCACUCUAAACCAUCUCCAAAAUCUAGGUUUUCAGCUCGUCGUAGGAAUCGUCGUUCGAAGCAUGAUCGAUUCUCUAGUAAUCGUAGCCGCUACGCAGAGAAGGUGUUGAAUUCGAUCCCACAUUGUUAUUCAGUUCUUUUGAGUUAUGGCUAUUUCACACUCAGCCUCGGAUUUGAGGGUGAAUCGCGUCAAGGUUUUGAGGAUGGUGUUGGUAUUAGUUGGAUUGUUGAUGAUUUGUUGUGUGGAGAGGCAUUCCAAAAAGUAUUCAGCUGCAUUGGCUCUCUCGUGCUCGCCUUGCUCAUGUGAUUGCGUUUCCGACACCACUCUCAUGUCUUUGCCAUCUGAGGACUUCAAUACCUCAUUUGCAGACUGUGGGAAAGAUGAUCCUGAAACAAGGGAUGAGAUGAAGAAGGAUAUGAUCGCUCUACUAACCGAGGAAAUCAGCCUGCACGCAAAUGUGACCGGUGACAGCUUGCAACGCACAAACGUGCUGAUCACAAGCGCCAAGAGAGCAUCUUCACAUUUUCAGAAAGAAGCAAACAAGUGCAUUGCAGGAGUGGAGACGUGCGAGGCAGCAAGGGAGAGAGCCGGAGCAGCAUUAAUCGAAGAGCGCAAGCUUACGGCUUUGUGGAUGAGCCGAGCGCAAGACUAUGGUUGGAAAGAUGACAUGAACAACAUGAAUGAAAUUUUGUAAAAAAAAACACUAACACAAUUUUUACUUCAUUUCUAGCAUAGCCAUUUUUGCAGGAUAGCCUUGUAUAGUUAUUGUCAAUAUUUCUAUUCUUUAUCAAUUGAUGCUUUGCUUUC